GCAACAAAAACUAUUGAUCGGCAAGAUAUUAGCAAUGUAACACGGUGACAAAAUAUAAAAAAAGACCCUUGGCCUGAAUUUUUUUUCUUCCAGAGUUGCUGGAUACCUGCACCUCUCACUGAUGUAAUUUUAAUUGAAAUUGCUCAGAACUGUCCUCAGCAAAUCAGUGCCCCUCCUUUCAUAUUUGAGAUAUUUAAAAUUAUUCCGCAGUUAAAUGCAUAUUACACUUGAAGCACCUCUUUUUUUAGGUUUGUCUACCAUGCCAUAGGAAACAAAUUGGGUGUGUGUUGGGGUCAGUUUUUGUUUAAAAAAAAAAUAGGUUGUGUACCGUUAACUACUUACACAUUUACAACUUUUUUUAAAUAUUACACUCUUUAUACCUAUAUUCUUAUAUUAUGUAAUAUGGAAUGUAAGAAUAUUAAAAAAUAGCUAAGGAAAAUAAGUGGAAAUAACUCACUUUUCCAGUAGACUUCUUUGGUAGAUGUGACAGCGUUGCAGUCUAUAUGCAUCAAGUGGGAACGAGCAAUCGGUUGCAGGUCUCAUUUGAAAAGAAAGGGAAAGAUUUUCUUACGUUUCAAGUAGAUUUGAAUGCCCCAGAUUUAGAUUGUUGUGCAUAUAUCUCUUAAAGCCUUUUGCUUAAAAAAAAAAAAAAAAAGUUUGUAAAUUGUCAUCUUAAAAAUGCCUAUUUUAAUAAAGGGACUUCCAUAUCAAAUUAGAAGAAUCUUGUAUCUUUUUUUUGGGCACAAAUUUUUGUAAAAAUCGGAUUGUUUUUUCUUUGUAUGUAGUUGAGUAGCGUGAAGUGGCGUUCUUGUAAAUAAGGAAACAAAUAGCUAUAUUCUUCCUGCAUGGAGACAGAUUUGUAUGCAUUUUUGAUCUUUCCUGCUAGGAAGUACUUGUCUGUCUGUAUGGUCCUGGAAAAUUAAAACUGUUUUGUUUCUUUUUGACAAAAGGUAUAUUACAGACUCUCUGCAGCUGCAUGGUUAAUUGAAUUUCUGUCUGUCUCCACCAGAAGCAAUUCUUGCUUAAUGUGACGCAGCUUUUGUGCACACAGAAAAGCCUUUGACAAACUGCCUUUGACGUGAUUUGUUUACAGCAACCAAAAUGUUUUUACACAAUAAGAGGUUAAUUGAGAAGAUUUGGAAUAUUAUUUGUGUGCUGCUUUGUUUUCUAUUUGUAAAUAGUAAAAGAUAAUUAUAAAGGGAUAAAAAUGUCUUUUAAAAGAUGCAAAUCAGAUAAUCUAUCGGAUCAUGUGAUGGUCACUGACUGCAAAGGCAUCUUUAGGGAGUAGAUUCAGAAAGUGAUUACUGAACACAUGCCUUGUGUUUUGAUGAUUUCAUUAAAUGCUUUCUAUGGGACAAGGUUCGUUGGCCAUGAGAGAUUUAUUUAAAUAAAAAACAGGCCAGACCCUUCGUAUAGUGGAGGAAAAAAAGAACCAAAAUCUACCAGUCUGUGCACCAUUAUUGUUUAAGAUAGAAUGAUACUGGAUAUGCUAGUUUGAAAGCGGUUUUCUGCAAGAGGUAGGACUUGUAUUUUGAAAUGGUGUAGCAGCUGUUGGCUAUUGCAGCAUAGAACUGCAGAUCUGACAGGGUCACACAGUACUCUGUCUUUAUGCUGCACUGGAUUGAGGGUGGCGCAGGCACCUACAGUCACUCAUAUAGUUGCUGUUACUUGAUCUAUUGGUUCAUUCAGAAAGCUCCCAGUAGCAUCUAAAUUGUAUAAUGGCUGUUGGGGAUGAUAAAAGCUUUGAUGAUGAGGAGUCAGUGGAUGGAAAUAGGCCAUCGUCAGCUGCUUCAGCUUUCAAGGUUCCUGCACCUAAAAAACUCGGGAAUCCUUCAAACAGUGCAAGAAAACCAGGUUCAGCUGGUGGGCCUAAGGUUGCAGGUGCAUCUAAAGAAGGAGGAGCUGGAGCCGUCGAUGAGGAUGAUUUUAUUAAGGCAUUUACAGAUGUUCCUUCUGUACAGAUCUAUUCCAGUCGAGAGCUUGAAGAAACAUUAAACAAAAUCAGGGAAAUUCUCUCAGAUGAUAAACAUGACUGGGAUCAGCGAGCGAGUGCGCUCAAGAAGGUUCGGUCGUUGCUUGUUGCUGGAGCUGCACAGUAUGACUGCUUUUUCCAGCAUCUACGGUUGUUGGAUGGAGCUUUUAAAUUAUCAGCUAAGGAUCUCAGAUCCCAGGUGGUUAGAGAAGCAUGCAUUACUGUAGCUCAUCUUUCAACAGUUUUGGGAAACAAGUUUGACCAUGGGGCUGAAGCCAUUGUGCCUACUCUUUUUAAUCUGGUCCCUAACAGCGCCAAAGUUAUGGCAACUUCUGGCUGUGCUGCAAUCAGAUUUGUCAUUCGUCAUACCCAUGUGCCCAGACUCAUACCUUUAAUAACGAGCAACUGUACUUCAAAAUCAGUUGCUGUCAGGAGACGCUCCUUUGAAUUUUUAGACCUGUUACUGCAGGAGUGGCAGACUCAUUCACUGGAAAGGCAUGCAACUGUCUUGGUUGAAACCAUCAAGAAGGGCAUUCAUGAUGCUGAUGCUGAGGCAAGAGUGGAGGCAAGAAAGACUUACCUGGGUCUUAGAAGUCACUUUCCUGGUGAAGCAGAGGUCCUGUAUAAUAGCCUUGAGCCAUCAUAUCAAAGAAGUCUCCAGACUUACUUGAAGAAUUCUGGCAGUAUAGCAUCUCUCCCUCAGUCAGACAGGUCAUCUUCAAGUUCACAGGAGAGUCUCAAUCGUCCUUUAUCUUCUAAAUGGUCCACAGCCAGCCCAGCAAGUAUAGCUGGCAGAGUUUCAGGAAGUAGCAGCAAGACUGCUCCAAGUCCGGGAACGCUGCAGAGGUCCCGCAGUGACAUUGAUGUUAAUGCUGCUGCAGGUGCAAAGGCACGCCACGCUGCUGGACAGCCAACAGGAGCUGGGCGCUUGUCUGCUGCCGGUCUACCUCCCGGAUCCUAUGCGUCACUAGGUCGUAUACGAACAAAGCUUUCAACACCUGUUGGAAUUGGAAAUUCAAAGACAGAUUCUAGAGGACGUAGUCGAACGAAAGUGGUCUCUCAGUCUCAGCCUGGUAGUCGAUCUGGAUCUCCUGGAAGAGUUUUGACUACAACUGCACUUUCAACUAUGAACACAGGGGUUCAGAGAGUGUUAGUCAAUCCAGCAACAGCACAAAAACGGAGCAAGAUCCCACGAAGCCAAGGAUGCAGUAGAGAAGCAAGUCCUUCUAGAUUGUCAGUAGCACGAGGCAGCCGCAUUCCUCGACCUAGUGUGAGUCAGGGGUGCAGUCGGGAGGCCAGCCGUGAAAGUAGCAGGGACACAAGCCCUGUCCGCUCUUUUCCACCCCUUGCUUCCAGGCAUCACUCCAGAUCUACUGGUGCCCUCUACACCCCAGAAGUAUAUGGGGCUACAGGUACAGGUUUUGGGAUCAGUCAGUCAAGUAGAUUGUCAUCAUCGGUUAGUGCUAUGAGAGUUCUGAACACAGGUUCUGAUGUAGAAGAAGCAGUAGCAGAUGCAUUGCUCUUAGGAGACAUACGGACUAAGAAAAAGCCUGUACGAAGGAGGUACGAGUCGUAUGGAAUGUACUCCGAUGAUGAUGCCAACAGUGAUGCAUCCAGUGCCUGUUCAGAAAGAUCAUACAGCUCUCGCAAUGGCAGCAUACCUACAUAUAUGCGGCAGACAGAAGAUGUGGCAGAGGUCCUCAAUCGCUGUGCUAGCUCCAACUGGUCAGAAAGAAAAGAAGGUCUUCUAGGUCUACAGAAUUUAUUAAAAAAUCAGAGGACUUUAAGUCGCGUUGAAUUGAAAAGAUUGUGUGAAAUCUUCACAAGGAUGUUUGCUGACCCUCAUAGCAAGGUGUUCAGCAUGUUUUUGGAGACCUUGGUCGACUUCAUCCAGGUCCAUAAAGAAGAUCUACAGGAUUGGCUGUUUGUGUUGUUGACACAGCUGUUGAAGAAAAUGGGUGCUGAUUUGCUUGGGUCUGUACAAGCAAAAGUUCAAAAGGCACUUGAUGUCACAAGGGAAUCUUUUCCAAACGAUCUCCAAUUCAGUAUUUUAAUGAGAUUCACUGUUGACCAGACUCAGACACCCAGCUUGAAGACAGUCAAGCCAGCGCUGCAGGACCAGCUUCGCUCUUUUUGGAGCUCCAAGGUUAAAGUUGCAAUUCUUAAAUACAUAGAGACUCUUGCACAGCAGAUGGACCCAGGGGAUUUCGUAAAUUCAAGUGAAACUAGGCUGGCAGUAUCUCGGAUCAUCACCUGGACAACAGAACCGAAAAGUUCAGAUGUUAGGAAGGCUGCACAGUCAGUGCUGAUUGCCCUAUUUGAACUAAAUACCCCAGAGUUCACAAUGUUACUGGGUGCAUUACCAAAAACAUUUCAGGAUGGAGCAACAAAGCUUCUCCACAACCAUCUCCGGAAUACGGGCAAUGGUGGUCAGGGGUCAAUGGGAAGUCCUUUAACAAGACCUACACCACGUUCACCAGCCAGUUGGUCCAGUCCUCUCACUUCCCCAACCAAUACAUCACAGAAUACUUUGUCACCAAGUGCAUUCGAUUAUGACACAGAAAACAUGAAUUCUGAAGAUAUUUAUAGUUCUCUUCGUGGAGUCACUGAAGCCAUUCAGAACUUCAGUUUCCGUAGUCAGGAAGAUAUGAAUGAGCCUGUGAAACGGGAUUCCAAAAAGGACGAUGGUGAUUUAAUUUGCAGUGGCUCUGGAAUAGCGGAUCUAAGAGCAGGAGGUGGUGCAAUUGAUACAGGCCGAACAGCUCUUGAUAACAAAACAUCAUUACUAAACACAAUGCCUUCCCACUCUUCUCCACGUUCACGAGAUUAUAACCCGUACAAUUACUCGGAUAGUAUCAGUUCUUUUAACAAAUCUGCUUUGAAAGAAGCUAUGUUUGAUGAUGAUGCAGAGCAAUUUCCUGAUGAGCCUCCCUUGGACCAUUCUGAUCUGGUUGCAGAGUUACUGAAGGAAUUGUCAAACCAUAAUGAGAGAGUUGAAGAAAGAAAGGCUGCAUUGUAUGAGCUUAUGAAAUUGACUCAAGAAGAGUCCUUUGGUGUUUGGGAUGAGCACUUCAAAACGAUACUACUUCUGUUACUUGAAACUCUUGGGGACAAAGAGCAUGCAAUCAGAGCUUUGGCAUUGAAAGUUUUAAGAGAAAUUCUAAGGAACCAACCAGCAAGAUUUAAAAAUUAUGCAGAGCUUACAAUUAUGAAGACACUAGAAGCUCAUAAGGAUCCUCAUAAGGAGGUGGUGAGAUCUGCUGAAGAAGCUGCUUCAAUGCUGGCAACUUCCAUUAGCCCAGAUCAGUGCAUCAAAGUACUUUGUCCCAUUAUCCAAACUGCAGAUUACCCCAUUAAUCUGGCUGCAAUCAAAAUGCAGACAAAAGUGAUAGAGAGAGUAUCUAAAGAAACGCUUGCUCAGCUUUUACCAGAUAUUGUGCCAGGUCUAAUACAGGGUUAUGAUAAUUCGGAGAGCAGUGUUCGUAAGGCUUGUGUUUUCUGCCUUGUAGCUAUUCAUGCAGUAAUUGGUGAUGAACUAAAACCACAUCUCAGUCAACUCACAGGCAGUAAAAUGAAAUUAUUGAACCUUUACAUCAAACGUGCACAAACAGGCUCUGGAGCAGGUGACACAGUAGCAGAUGUUUCUGGACAAAGCUAAUGAAGCUGACGACAGUGAACCAGGUCUCCUAAAGAAAGAAAAGAACAGGCACUCUGAUAUCAGUGAAAGGAAAAUUCUCACACGCACCUUUGGAAUUUUUUUUUUUCCCCUUCCCAGUUUGUUUUUUGUUUUGUUAUUUUUUAAACUGAUGGCUACCCCUCAGCCUGCAUGCAACUGUUGCAGUAGAGUUAUUCAAAUCCAAAGAGAAAACAGUAUUAAGAUCAGCUGGUCAAAACACAAUACAUUUUAAAAAUCUAAUCCAUCACUUUUCCUGUUCGCACUCUUCUAUGUGUCUUCCCAUUAACUUUUACCAGUGUUAUGACUGUAUUUAAAAAGAAUUUUUAAAAAUGCUAAUUAAACAGGAAUGCUUUAAGCUUUAAAAGUUAAAAUCUAAAUUCUUUUGCUUUUUUAUUUUUGGCUGCAGAAUAACAUGCCAUUUUUAUUGCAGUUUUGUUUAAAUAUCCUAUCCUUUCCUAGAAAGAAGAAAUUAUAUGAAACAAGGCAGGACUAGUCUGAAUUGCAACUAGAUUCAGUCAGUGUUGUGGUACAUCAUCAUAUUUGCAUCUUGUUUGGGAUAUUCUGGAAUAUGAGAAUUAUGCCCAUAAAGAAACUGGAUUGAUCCAGUUCUUUGAAAGUGAUAUUGUUCAUUGGUUGUAUGUUUGUCCCAUAAAUAAGAAUUUAGUGUGAGCAAUAGAGGACUAGUACAGCUAGCACAUCCUAAUCUGGAAGACAGCCCAGUUCAGGGUCCAGUGUUGCGGAACUGGUGAUAGUGUGACAACCUGCUUUCUAGCAGCAGAGAAAACAAUUACUUGAUGGACCUGAACCAUCCUUGUCAUCAUCCUUUCUUUAAGCAGGAUGCCUCAGAGUGGAGUGCUCUGCCCAAGCAUGCUCAGUAUGUAUUUAUCUUUAUCACUAGAAUGUUUCCUCUCAACCUAGUUGCUGGAACCAGUAGUGUUGUAUUGUAACUCACAUGGGGGGGGUAUAUGACAACAGUGCAGUUCAUUGGUUGUUUUUUUAAAAGCACUACAACAUUCUGCACUGAAUUUUUAAGGUUGGGGGAGAAUCACAGCACUAUGAAUCUUGCCACUUUUUAAAAAAAAAUGUUUUGGAUGAAUUGGGAAAGCUGCACCAAAUGAUUUGCAUGGUUUUCUUGAAUAGCAACAUCAAGACCCAUCUUGAUUAAGGUGUGAAUGUUUUCAAGUUUUUAUUUUUCAAAUUUUAGUUUAUUGUUAAUAAUGCUUCUUUGUAUUUAUGAUAAUGGAAAGAGAGAACAAAAAUCAAGUAAAUAUGUCCCUGAAUGUCUUCUGUUUCUCAGAUGUAAUCAACAAGCUACUUAGCUGAGAGAUGGGGUAAAACAGCACCCUGUCCAGGAAUGAUGGAACCUGAGGUUUUUUUUUACUAUGGUAAGGUCUAGUUUUAGGAAAUGUGUCCUGGUAAGAGAAAAUAGCAGUGCCAAGGAUGUUCUUCUGUGCUAGGCUAAAAUUCUCUCUCCUUCUUCAGGGUGAUUACUUUUGACUGAGCUGCUGCCCAUAGUGUCUUGUGGAAAAACUAUCUAUAGACAUCUUUUUUUAAUUAUUUUUUCAAAUCACCAUUUGCUACUGUGUAUUCGAAGCCCUGUUCUUUAUCAUGUAGCCAAAUAUAAGGAAAUGCUAAUGUACUUCAAUUGCUAGUUAUCUUGAAAGACAAAACUGAAUAAAAGUGGAGCUGGAUACUUGCAGUUACAUUCUUUGAGAGGUCAUUUUCACUUAAUCUGAAGUGAAACUGACAGAGAAAGUUGAGACAUGGUUAUUAAAGAAGCAGUUUGCUGCUGUUGCAGAGAUUUGUUUCCUUUGGGCAGGGGGAAAUGUAGAAAUGUAUGUAAAAACUUUUAAAAAGGAAAAUUCCCAUUAUUUGUCACUGGCCCUUUUUUUUUUAGCAGCUGCAUCAGGAAAGUAGUGUCUCCCCUUGCUCUCCUCCCUUGCGUGCAACAUUCUCUUUGUUUUCUACUGUUUAACUACAUUGUGUAUUUAUAGUUCUUUGCUUACCAUUGUGCAUAUACUGGCAAUAAAAUGUACAUAACAUUACUUGAAAAAAAAUUAGCAAUGUAUACAGGCUGUUUUUCUGUUUUAUUUAAUCAUGUUAUAUGAAAGAUUAUAGAUGUCAUAGGCACCAAUAUUGGUUUCAAAAGAUUCUGCAUAAUUGCUGUGUGUGCAGAAUGCUGCUUUUUUAGACAUUCUAAGUAUCCCAUUUUGUAUAAAGGAUUUUGCUAUCUUUAUUUCAGUGGUACAGAAAAUCCCUGUUUUUUAAAAUUGUCACUCAGAUUACAGUUUAACAGCCCUACUUCAACCCUUCUUCAUAAGUGUGCAUAUAUAAGGUGUUAAUUCUGUUUGUUCUGAAGAUUGUUCUUUUAAGUCUUGACCUCAAGAAGACUUUGCUGUUUCCAUUCUUUCCGAACAUGGAGUCUGUCCCAUUUACACUACAAAAAUAACCCUCUUUAAAUAUGUUUAUGGCCUAAUGCUAUAACUCUUUUUUUCCUUAAUGGUGUGGACAGGGGAAAAAAAUAAAAAUCAGUCCCUUGGGGGAGAGGGGGAAGAGAGAGAGAGAGAAAGAUGUUAUUUUCAGUACACAGAUAGCAAGGCUAAAAGUUGGUUCUUCACUUUUUUGGGGGUGGGGAGGAAUUGUUUAUCUUCACAGAGACAAAGAAAUCUUGUUUUUAUAAGAAGCUUGGACCACAGUCAUGUAUCACACCAUAUUUAAACAUCCCAUGUCCUAAAAAAACUAAACAUAAAUUUAAAAUUUUUUAAACAUUUUAAAUUUAUCAAUAGUGACCUGAUAUCAACCUGACCAUAUCUGCUAGUCACAAGGAACAGAUUGAUAAACAUGCACUUUCCUGUGAAAAGGAUGUUUUGUAUUCAUUUAAUCAUAGGAUAGGAGUGUGGAAGUUUACAAAAAAAAAAAUGCAUGCUGCCCCCAUUAACAUUGGACAAGCUACAAUAAUCCUUUACUUGGGCUUUAUUUCCUAUAUUGUAAAUAAAAGCUAGCUCGGUUUAUUUGCAACUAUAAUCAAUGGUGUCUUAUACAUGUUAAACUGGAGAUCUCUAAUGAAUGUGCAUAAAAAUAUGUGCAGUGAAAAGAAAUUUUACAGUGUUGCUGGUCAGCAAAAAGUUCAGAUAGUUCUAAGGAUGAUGUCAUCUGUUAAUAGCCUUUCUUUCCUUGUAAGGUUAUAAUGCAAAACUUUUAAGCUGGAAGACAUUGUAUUGUACCUAUGGUUCUUAAAAAGUUUGAUUUUGGGGGUAGAAUAUCUAUAUUUUGCAGUUGAAUGUAAAAAUGAAACCACAAUAUAUCCAGAGUCAGAAUAAUAAAUGUAAAGGUGAUUUGACAUGCCAAUUGUCUUGUAAUAAAAUCUGAUUAUUGUGUUGUGCUCAACCUAAGCCCCAGCCAGGAAGUUGGGGUAAUUAUUUGAAGGCACACUGUAAACUUAAA